GAAAGAAAGAAUAAGAAAGACAGGGCAUGUCUCUGAAGAUCGUGGAGAGUCCGGCUGUUUAGGAUCUCAAUUCGAAUCAUCUCUGUAAAAUUUUGAGGUGUGAUGAAUCCAACAAUGGUUUAUGUGGGAGAUGGGUGAUGAUUGCCUAUAAAAGUACAAGUUUGGUGUAUACAAAAAAUAUAGAUUGAGAAGAAGGUUGAAUGAUUUGCUGUGGAUUUAUGUGGAAAUCCGGAGGAGAAGAUUUGCAAGGUUUCUAUCCAGUUAGACCAGAAUGUCAACCAGAUGUUCCAAGGACCCGUUUUAAAUCAAGGGCUGGGAAAACUCUAAGUGCUAGAAGAUGGCACGCUGCGUUUACUGAAGAUGGCCAUUUGGAUAUGGAAAAAGUGCUCAGGCGUAUACAGCGCGGAGGAAUUCAUCCCUCCAUCAAAGGCGCUGUUUGGGAGUUUUUGUUAGGGUGUUACGAUCCAGACAGCACUUUUGAGGAAAGGAACAGGCUGCGGAAUCGCAGAAGGGAGCAGUACGGUGCAUGGAAAGAAGAAUGUAAGAAAAUGGUUCCUGUCAUUGGUAGUGGCAAGUACGUCACAAUGGCAGUGGUUUCAGAAAGUGGGAAGCCAAUAGAUGAAUCUUCUGUGGAAAAUCAAGGAUGGGUCGUGAAAAACCAGGUUACAGAUGAGAGAGUUCUCCAAUGGAUGCUCUCACUGCACCAAAUCGGCCUUGAUGUUGCUAGAACAGAUCGGUAUCUCUGCUUUUAUGAGAAUGAUACUAAUCAGUCAAAACUAUGGGAUGUUCUUGCCAUAUAUACAUGGUUAAACCUUGACAUUGGUUAUGUUCAGGGAAUGAAUGAUAUAUGUUCCCCAAUGAUAAUCCUCUUUGAUGAUGAAGCCGACGCUUUCUGGUGCUUUGAGCGGGGAAUGCGGAGACUAAGAGAAAAUUUCAGGGCAACAGCAACAUCAAUGGGUGUCCAGACUCAGCUGGGUGUGCUCUCACAGGUCAUAAAAACAGUGGAUCCUCGUCUCCAUCAACAUCUAGAGGAUCUGGAUGGUGGGGAGUAUCUUUUUGCUAUUAGGAUGCUGAUGGUACUUUUCAGGAGAGAAUUCUCCUUCCUUGACGCUUUGUACCUUUGGGAGCUGAUGUGGGCGAUGGAGUACAACCCAACCAUGUUUGCAACAUACGAGGAACUAGAAAACCGAAACAAUGCAGCAUCCGAUCCCAAGUUACUAAAACGGUAUGGCAAGUUUGAAAGGAAAUACAUAAACAGUGGGCAGAACGAGCAACAUCGCAAUACGCUUGCUGUCUUUGUGGUCGCAAGCGUUCUACAGACAAAGAACAAACGUCUGUUGAAAGAGGCUAAAGGCUUAGACGAUGUUGUUCAGAUACUAGGAGACAUUGCGGGUAAUCUUGAUGCAAAGAAAGCAUGUAAAGAAGCGUUGAAGAUCCAUGAAAAGUUCCUGAAAAAGGCUAAUAGUAAUAAGCAAUAAAGAUUUUGCUCAAAACCUCUACGCCACGACUUUAUAUAUCAAACAUAUACUUGUACAGUUUUUGAUCAGAAGAUUGUUCAUUGCCGGACAGAAGUUUCUUGAAAGGUUCUGGAAGGAGAUCGAUGAGAAUGCUCUGAUGAUUAAUAUUUUCGUUAAUUUACAUUUUAUGGUAAACUGUGUGCCGUUUUUAAGUUAUACGAAUGAACUACGUACAGGCCA